AUGGGUGUCCUCCAGAAUCUGUCAGGUGCUCGGGGCUCCAUGGAGCUGACCUUUGAUGCCAUGAGCCUCCUGCGGGCUGUGCUCGUUGGUGUCAUUGUCCUGCCUGUGAUAUUCAUCCUCGUUGACUACAUCCGAGUCCUUCGGCUCCGCCAGAGGCUGCCUCCGGGACCUUUUCCCGUGCCCCUCUUUGGCAAUUUCUUCCAGAUCCCCAAAGUCAAGCCGUGGAUCGACUUCGAGAAAUGGUCGGAAUACUACAAGGAUCCUAUGAUCACCAUCUGGCAGGGUCACAGACCGACCAUCAUGUGUAACGACAUCUGGACAAUAUCCGAUCUGCUGGACAAGCGAGCAAAUAUCUACUCUUCUCGACCGCACAUGAUCGCUAUGGGCGAUAUGAUCAAUGCCACAGACAGCAACCAAGUGUGUCUUGUGUAUGGGGACAAAUGGCGCCUUCAUCGGCGCCUUAUGCAUUCAGCAACCGGUUCACAAGCCAUAAGACCGUGGCGGGUGAUUCAAGCCAAUGAGUCCAAGGUUCUGGUACGCGAUCUGCUGGACAGACCAGAUGACUUUGUUAUGAGUGUUGAGAGGUACUCCUGUUCCAUCGUCUCCAUCAUUGGUUGGGGUCGCCGAAUCGACAAGAUCAACGACUACGUUGCUCAAAUGGCACUCAAGUCCAUGGAGGGAGUCGAUCUCAUUAUACCUGGCCUUUUCAUCGUCGAGUCGAUACCAUUCCUAGCCAAACUGCCAAAAUGGCUCGAUUGGAUCUACCCAAUGCCGGGCAAGAUGAACAACUUCGCAAGGCAUAUGCAAAGGCAAAUUCUGGAACUCCUAUCAUACUUCGUUGCUCUAUCAAAAGAAGGCGCCCAGGCGCCGGAAGACAACUUCGCGAAACGCCUCUUCAAGGAGCAGGAGCAGAGUCACAUUGCCGACGAAGAAAUAUCUAGCCUCACUUCCAACCUCAUUGGAGGCGGAGUCGACACCACGAGCGGGACCAUAAUCUCCUUCAUUCUAGCGAUGUGUGUCUUCCCUGACAAGCUGAAGAAAGCUCAAGAAGAGCUGGAUCAAGUGGUAGGUCAGGAUAGAGUCCCGGACUGGAGCGAUGAGCCGUCUCUACCGUACGUCAAAGCCGUCGUCAAUGAGACCCUCAGGUGGAGGACGGUUACCAUCCUUGGUGGCAUCCCCCACGCGCCGAUCCAAGACGACGAGUACCGAGGGUACUUGAUCCCCAAAGGCACGCCGAUUACUGGCAACGUCUGGGCUAUCCAUAGGCAUCCAAGAGAAUUCCCAGAGCCUGACAAUUUCCGCCCGGAGCGCUACCUCGGAGAACUGGAGCGCCCUUACCCCAACAAGCAGGGACAUAAUGCCUUUGGAUGGGGCCGUCGUCAGUGCAGCGGACAGCCCCUGGCUGAACAGGGCUUGUUCUUGACAAUUGCGACGCUUCUUUGGGCGUUCGAUUUCAAACCAGGGCUGGAUGAAAAGGGAAAGGAGGUUAAGCUAGACAUCUUCGCUUACACCAAGAGCGAGAAUAUGCGGCCAGAACCCUUCAAGGCCCGCUUCAUCCCUCGAUCAAAGGAGAUUGAGAACAUAAUCCGUCAAGAGGCCGCAAGGGCAAGGAAGGAGCUCUGUGCAUAUGAUGGUGAAACUAGGUUAACUAUGGAGAAUGUUCCCUAG